CUACUACAGACCCCCGGCAUCCCGCGAUCAGACCGAAGGCGAAUGCUUAACGCCCAGAGUCACGAGAAGAAGGCCACGCCCCUGAGAGAGAGUAUUUAUUUACGGGUGAAAUAAUGUACCAAAGAACUACUUGCCGACCCAGAUGUUGACGUGACCAUUGCCGACCACAAGGGUGACACGCCAAUGUCAGUGAGCGCAGCUGUAGGCGAUUUCCCGACGCUCUUGCAGUUAUUUCAGAUGCCCAUUUAUAGCAUCACCGAUCUGCUCGAGUCCUCGCCCCGCUUAGCGACGCCCCGCGAACUCAAGCGAGUGGAAAAGGUCCUACUGGAUGAAUUCACUCGUCUCGAACCAUGGGAGUCAAACCUCCCCUGCGUCAUGCAAUGGGUGGUAGUGAACGGCAGUCUGCCCUUGGCACAGAAGUGCCUGGACACUCUGCCAAGCCUCAUUGACUAUUCAGGUCCCAUGCGAGCAACAUGGCUACAUAUCGCGUCGCGGUUUGAUUACGGCGAGUUGGCUAGAAAGUUGAUCACGUAUGGUGUCGAUGUCUACGCCAUCACAGAGCGUGGCAUGACUGCCCUUCAUCUGGCUUGUGUUGGAGGGCAUAGCGUCACGGUGAAAUAUCUCCUGGAGCACCUCACAAGCCAGGCGGGGAAGCAGGCGCCUGGGCCGGGGGCUGCAACCCCGCGCGAAUGCGAUGCAACGAGAUUGAUCAAGUUCAUCAUCGCAGAUAAUGAGCUUGGAGAGUCCGCAAUCAGUCUAUCUGCGAAGGCCAAGGGUAGAGGUACCAGUGACAUACUGUGGGCGGAAAUCGAAGCCUUUGCAAGCAACAAGGAGAACUUGAAGCGCUUCUCUCACGCCGAUCUCGAGCGACUGAUGGAGCUUGCAGCCCAAUUUGAGGAGCCUGGUAGUGAACGGAUACUCAGGGUCCUAUUACAUCUUUUACAUCCGAAGGCCGUCGAGAAAGAAACCGAAGUUGACACUUCGAGCUGGACAACUCUGCACUGGGCUGUGCAGAGUGCCAGGCCGGAACUGGUCUGGUUGCUGCUUUCGAACGGAGCACACUUGAAGAAGAAAGAGAUUAGUCAAGCUGUGCAGAUACUGGAAAGCAGGACCCAUAAUGGUUCUCAGUCCGAGGCUGAUUCGGUCAUUUCUCAUCUCCUCAGGAGCCCGCCGCGGGUUAGCGCUCACGCGGCCAUUGAGGACGACUUUCACCAGCCUGAGAAACCGAUCCCUAGAGCUGAGAGCAAGCAUUUCAUUGAAAACAAUACUGGAAUCAUCGUGGAUUUCAUGGAUGAAGCGGGAUUUGUGAUGAAACGGCGAACCAUGGGUGAGAUUAUCUACGACAAAGGGCCUGAACUUAUCCUGUCGCAUGUUGACAAGCAUGACUUUUCGAGCUUGACCCAAUUGAAGCAAUACCUGAAAGACCCGACCCAACGAUCGAGCUCGAUUGACCUGGAGUCACCCAAUGAAUUGGGAUUCAGAUCUGCCAAGACAAAAGCGACUAUAGACCAGAAAACUGUUGCUGAUCGACCGGCAAUGUCAAGGCGAGAACAGCAACUGGAGAGGAAUGAGAGCACUACUCCUAGACAACAUCUGACCGAGAAAGAGUCAAGGGAUUUCCGAUGGAUUCACACUCCCGUCCACAAUAUGCGACUGGCCGAGGACCUUAUCACGCGGAUUGGGGUCGAUUCUCGCAAGACAAAAGAGGAGCACGAGUACUUGAUGAAACUCUUAAGGCUAGGCUUGGUUGAAAGCCCUGCAGGGGGUGGGAAACGAUACAUAAGGCCACAAUUACUGGUCACUGCUCCCAUGAACAAAACUGGAAGGACAACCCCAGGAGAAACUUCGAAUAUGACGGUUCCUGCCGGCGAGGAUGAAGAAUCCCUGGCAGCAGCGCUUUAUAUGCCGUUUCUAACGGUUUCCGAGAUUGGAGGGAUGGGUUCGAAGUCGGAUGGAAUCGAAGUUUCAUCUAAAGCAGCAACAUCGACCACAGAAUCAAAAGAGAACCGACUCGCGUUGAAUGUCCAUGAGCGUAUGACUCUCGAUCAAUAUUACUACAGCAUUGUGGCGGAUACCACCGUCCGAGACCGCGAACAGGUCCUUUCUCGAUACCUGGAAUGGCGAGAUAGUGGAGAUUAUCUCAUGACCCAUUCUCGCAAAGGAGAAAAGGAAGUCGGGACUUCUAGCGAACUAUCUCGGAAAGUUUCAGUGUUCUCAGUUGAUCAGCUAUGGCUAUGGAUUGUUGAUGACGCGACCAUCGUGACUGCCAGCACAUGUGACUUUCAGUCCUUUGUCGAUCUCGUUUUGGAAGACCUGGUGUUCAGUGAGUCGCGAGGCAGGCAUCCUAGCCCGAGGACAGCUCCUGAAAUGAUGGAAACUAUUUUGAGAGUCAUCACGGGUCCGCAGAUGCACAGCGUCAGCGUCGAAGGCAACCACAACCUGAAGCAGCCCCUGGAGAUCUUUCGGGAUACUAUUCGACUCGUGGCCGAAGAGGAAACUAAAAUGACGAGAGCUUUCAUUGAAGAGGUUGUCGGGGCAUCAACUGGCGCUGAUCCCCUACCUAGGCGGGACUUGGGCUUGGAGUUCCAACUCCUGUACGAGAUCAAGGACAUUUAGAAUGAGUUGGACAUCCUUCUUGCACUGACCAAAGCACAAGAGUCGGUGUGCUCUUCAAGCUACCUUGCCGCACUGGAGAAUCUCGCACCCUCCAGGCGCGCUCUGCGCACAGAGAUACAGGCCGUGCAGCGAGAGGCUCAAAGCACACGAGAAUCAAUAAACACACUCCUGGAUAUCCGACAGAAACACACCGG